AGAAAGAAGAGAAGGAGGGAAGGAUAGAGAAGUAGGAGAAGAGAAGAAGGAGGGAAGGAAAGAGAAGAGAAAGAAGAGAAGGAGGGAAGGAAAGAAGAGAAAGAAGAGAAGAAGGAGGGAAGGAAAGAGUAGAGAAAGAAGAGAAGAAGGAGGGAAGGAUAGAGAAGUAGGAGAAGAGAAGAAGGAGGGAAGGAAAGAGAAGAGAAAGAAGAGAAGAAGGAGGGAAGGAAAAAAGAGAAAGAAGAGAAGAAGGAGGGAAGGAAAGAGAAGAGAAAGAAGAGAAGAAGGAGGGAAGGAAAGAAGAGAAAGAAGAGAAGAAGGAGGGAAGGAAAGAGAAGAGAAAGAAAAGGAGGAGGGAAGGAUAGAGAAGAGAAAGAAGAGAAGGAGGGAAGGAUAGAGAAGUAGGAGAAGAGAAGAAGGAGGGAAGGAAAGAGAAGAGAAAGAAGAGAAGGAGGGAAGGAAAGAGAAGAGAAAGAAGAGAAGAAGGAGGGAAGGAUAGAGAAGAGAAAGAAGAGAAGGAGGGAAGGAAAAAAGAGAAAGAAGAGAAGAAGGAGGGAGGGAAAGAGAAGAGAAAGAAGAGAAGGAGGAGGGAAGGAUAGAGAAGAAGUAGGAGAAGAGCGAGAGAAGAGGCCACGUGACUCCUCCCUCCCUGUCCCCUCCCUCCAGGUGCCGGGCAUUCACUUGAUUCCUUGAUUGACAGCAGGCGUGGCGAGGGCGGGGCGUGGCCUGUGUUCGGAGGGAGCGAGCGAGGGAUGCGCUGCUCGGGCCUCGUUCUCCUCGUUCUCUGAGGCGCGCGGCCGGCCAUGGCCUCGGAGCGGGCGCUGCAGGCGGCGCGGCAGGGCGACGUGGAGGCGCUGAGGGCCCUGCUGCUGCUGCCGCCCAUGCCGGGGGGCCCGCCUCUUCCCGUGGCCCCUCCGCGGGACCCCCUGGGCGCCUCCCCGGUCCACCACGCCGCCCGCGCCGGGAAGCUGCCCUGCCUGCGCUUCCUGGUCGAGGAGGCCGCGCUGGCCGGGAACGGGCGCGCCAGGAACGGGGCCACGCCGGGCCACGACGCCGCCGCCACCGGGAACCUGCCCUGCCUCCAGUGGCUCCUCGCACACGGGGGCUGCCGCGUCCAGGACACGGACAACUCGGGGGCGACGGCGCUGCACCUGGCCUCCCGCUUUGGGCACCACGAGGUCAUCGAGUGGCUCCUGCGCGUCGGGGGCAGCGACCCGCUGGCGGCCACGGACACGGGCGCCCUGCCCGUCCACUACGCCGCCGCCAAGGGCGACUUCCCCUCCCUGCGCAUCCUCAUCGCCCACUGCCCAAGCUCGGUGAGUGCGCAGACCAAGAACGGGGCCACGCCGCUGUACCUGUCGUGCCAGGAGGGGCACCUGGAGAUCAUCCAGUACCUGGUCAAGGACUGCGGGGCCGACCCACACCUCCGGGCCAACGACGGCAUGACCCCGCUCCACGCUGCCGCACAGAUGGGCCACAACACCGUCAUCGUCUGGCUGAUGAGCUUCACGGACAUCAGCCUCUCGGAGCCGGACGACGACGGGGCCACGGCCAUGCACUUUGCGGCCAGCCGAGGCCACGCCAAAGUCCUGAGCUGGCUCCUGCUCCACGGCGGGGAGAUCACCCGGGACCACUGGGGGGGCACACCGCUCCACGACGCCGCCGAGAACGGGGAGCUGGAGUGCUGCCAGAUCCUGGUGGUGAACGGCGUGGACCUGGGCAUCCGGGACCAGGACGGCUACACGGCCGCCGACCUGGCCGACUACAACGGGCACGUCCACUGCGCCAAGUACCUGCGCACCGUGGAGAACAUGAGCGUGGAGCACCGCGUGCUGUCCCGCGACCCGUCCACGGAGCUGGAGUUCAAGGGGCAGCCGGACUCGGGCCUCUCCUCGCCCAACACCACCAUGUCGGCCCCGCAGGCCCACUUUGAGCUGGGCUCUCCCAGUAGCACUCUCUCCAACUACGACUCCUGCAACUCCAGCCACUCCAGCACCGGCGGAGGAGGAGGAGGAGGGAAAACACGCGGAGCCGGCACCACCACCACCGCCGGAGGAGGACAGGCUGCUCGGAUCCCCGAGACGACCAUCUCGGACAUGCAGACCUACAUGGACCUUCUGAACCCGGAGGUGGGGCCGGGGGGCAAGAAGGGGGCGGAGCCUUCGGGCGUGUCGGCCCCGCCCCCUCCGCCACCCACCUUCCCGGCGCCCCCUCCGCCGGACCCCCAGACGGGGCCCCCUCCGCCCCCGGGGUACCCGGCCCCCGCCCCCCCUGAGGAGGAGGAGGAGGAGGAGGAGGCCCGGCACACGGCCGAGAUCUACGUCCAGGCCAAGAACAACCUGCGGCACGUGGAGAGCGAGGCCCUCAAGAGGGAGCUCACUUGUCUUGAGGGCAGCCCCGAGCUCCGCCGCGUGGACUCCAGCCGGAAGUCGCGGAACUUCAACAAGCAGCCCAGCACCGGGGACUACUACAAACACCUGGGGAGCGCCGCCGGGGAGCCAGGCAGCAUGGCGCACAGCGAGGAGGCCUGUCUCCCGUCGCAGGAGGACGCUGUGCAGCAGAACGGCAGCCCCCCCUCCCCGCCCCCCUCCCCCUCCCCCUGCUCCCCGGAGGGGCCAGCGCCCCCCUCCCCCGCCGAGGAGCCCCCUCCCCUCCCCCCACCGCCCCCUCCCCCGCUGCCCGAGGGCGGCUGCCCCCCACCCCCACCGCCCCCCCUCCCGACCGCGGCACCCACAGGGGGGUCCGAGAACCAGCACCCCCCGCCCGCCUCCGGGCAGAGGCGCUCCUCCUCCUCCACCGGAAGAGCGAGAAGAAGAGGCCCGACUGGCCACGAUGCCCGCCUGGAGGAGAGAGAUCCUCCGCAAGAAGAUGGAGGAGGAAAGAGAGCAAAAACGGCAGGAGCAGGAGAAGCAUCGGCGUGAGGAGGAGGCCAAGGAGAAGGCUCAGUCGGAGAAGCUGAGGACGCUGGGCUACGACGAGAGCAAGCUGGCCCCCUGGCAGAGGCAGGUCAUCCUCAAGAAGGGGGACAUCGCCAAGCACUGAGGGCACGGCCCCCCCACCACCACCCCGGACCCCCCACCCCCCCUCCACCCCCCCCUCCGUCCGUCCGUCCGCCUUUCGUCCGCUUUCUCCAUUUCUUUGCUUCUCUCUUUCAAAGGCCAGGUCUCAUGUCCAGAGACGUGACCACCUGUCAUGAACCAGAACCUUCUCUUUGGCCCAUUUAUGUAGGGGCUCUCACAUACCAGAGGGUAAUUGAGGUUUAUGGCUGGCCCAUUUUAUGGCUGGCAUCUGUUCUUUGUCAGCCCACCGGAGAUGUCAAAGAUUAGAGAUCAUGACACCACCCUAAAAAAUUUUUUGAAAAAAAUUGAAAAAUUCCAAUUUUAUGAAAUUUUUAAGAGAAUUUCCAAUUGUAAAAAAAUUUUGGACAAAAUUCCCGUUUUAAAAGAGAUCAUGACACCGCCCUAAACAUUUUUUUGAAAAAAAUUGAAAAAUUCCAAUUUUAGAAAUUUUUAAGAGAAUUUCCAAUUGUAAAAAUUUUUUGAAAAAAAUAAUCCCGUUUUGAAAAAUCUUUUUGCAAUUGUAAAAUUAUUUUUAAAUUCCAAUCUCCCAAAAAUAAGUUUUGGAAAAUUUUCUUAAUUUUUAAAAUCUUCUGAAAAAAAAAUCCAGAUUCUAAAAUGUUUCGAUUUUUUUUAAUUGGAAAAAAAAAAUUCAACUUUGAAAUUUUUGAGAAAAAAAUAUUUUUUGGGAAAAAAUCCAAAUCCAACUUUGGAAUUUUUGAGAAAAAAAUAUUUUUUUGGGGAAAAAAAUCCAAUUUUUUUUUUUUGAGAUUUUCCAUUUUAAAAUUUUUGGAAAAAUUCCAGUUUUGGAAUUUUAGAGAAAUUAUUUCCAUUGUAAAAAAACAGAAAAUUUCCCAUUUUGAAUUUUAAAUUUUUGCAAUUGUAAAAUCGUUUUCAAAUUCCGAUCUUGAAAUUUUAGGGAAAAUUCCAAUUUUUGAAAAUUUUUAAAAAAUUAUUUCCAUUGUCAUCAGAAUUGAAAAAUUUCCCAUUUUGAAUUUCUUUGCACUUGUAAAAUCAUUUUAAAAUCCCGAUCUUGAAAUUUUACAGGUAAUUCCAAUUUCAAAAUUUUUUGAAAAUUUUUUUGAAAAAUUUUGGAAUUUUUUUGAAAUUUUUAAAAAUUUUCCCAAUUUUAAAAUUACUGUAUUACAAUUACAAUAUUUAAAAUGACAACACUCACAACCAUUCAGAACCCAAGGAAACCCCGCAUUCUUUGCUAUGGCCGAUCCCGAUUUUCCCGUCAUUUCUUGCAACGCUCUUAAUAGCUAUAGAAUAGGAUGCACCGCCCACUUCCCUUCUUCCUCUUUCUGCAAAAGUAACUUCUGCAAAGGAAGCGAGGAAGUUCCUCCCAGCGGCCGUUGGACAUUUGUAUUUUAUUUCUCUAUUUUUUUUCUAUAUAUAUAUAUAUAUUUGCGAUCAUUAUUAUUUUUGAGGGGAGGGGACGGCGCUCGAACUCGCCUCCGGACGGACGGUCUCUAGGAUGUUUUAUCUUAACCACGCUAUUAUUAAAAUAUAUAUAAAUAUAAAUAUAUAUAUAUUAAGGAUAUAUAUAUAUAAAAAAACCAUGGAAUUCUU